AUGGCGUUGCCAAAACGAAUCAUCAAGGAGACUGAGAGAUUGAUGGCAGAGCCAGUCCCAGGUAUCAGCGCAGUCCCCCAUGAAGAUAAUCUCCGAUAUUUCGAUGUGUCGAUACAUGGCCCUACCCAGUCUCCAUAUGAAGGUGGAAUUUUCAAGCUCGAGCUUUUCUUGCCAGACGAUUAUCCUAUGACACCACCAAAGAUCCGGUUCCUCACCAAGAUCUACCACCCAAAUAUCGACAAGCUAGGCCGUAUCUGCCUCGAUGUGCUCAAGAGUAACUGGUCCCCGGCUCUACAGAUCCGAACAAUCCUUCUCUCAAUCCAAGCUCUGCUCGGCGCCCCAAAUCCUGAUGAUCCACUUGCACCAGACGUUGCGAAGAGAUGGAAGGAGGAUGAGCCUGCAGCUAUUGCAACCGCUAAAGAGUGGACACGGACGCAUGCUAUCAACUAA